AUGGACUACGAUGAAGCGCCCCCCUCCUCACCACCGCUCGCGUGCACCAUGGACUUCCCGCCCAACCCCUUCUUCGAGCGGCAACAUACCGCCUUCACCACGAAAUCGAGCUCACCUCCCCCUGUCUUCUCCAGCGACGACUCUCGCGAAUCCGUCGACGUGACCAACUACGAGUCUCCGCGUAUUUACAAGAACAAGCGCAAGGGCGCAUGGUGGGACAGCCGCGAAUCGGCCCACACCAGCCCCGAGGUGAAGAAGACAAAAUUUGAGCGCAACUUCGACUCUGGCAUCUACAUGCUCAGUGAUGCGAGUAACAGUUCCGGAGAACUACCUCCACCCCCGUACGUGUCGCCCUACAACCUGAGGAGCAAGAUGCCGACCAAACGCGCCAUCAACACAAAUGUUACCAAUGAGGAAGAGAUAGUUAUCGACACCAAUAGCCACCCGACAGCAGAACGUGCCUUCAACGAGCAGAUGGACCAUGGUAUCGCGAGGAACCAAGAGUCGUACGAUUUCGAUGGCCAGAACCUCGAGGACAGUGACAUCAGGCACAUUGGCAACCUCAAAACCGUCAUUAGUGAUCCUCCGGUCCACGACACUGAGCUUCCCACGGCAGGACAGUACCGAUCUCUCCUCCCUAAACUUCAAAUCCACCUCAGUAAGAACAAGCUCCGUCGACUCGUUCCGUCUCUGUUCGACCUCGAGCAUCUCACUGGUCUGUAUCUGCGUCAAAACGAGAUUGAAGAGCUUCCGCAACAAAUCAGCUGCUUAAGAAAACUUGAAACGCUAGACGUAUCUCUCAACAAGCUCAAGUACCUCCCCUUCGACGUCAUCACGCUUCUUUCUCCACAUGGGAACAUGAGCCGCCUCACUCUCAUGGGCAAAGAUCUGCUUCAGCCAAUGCCUUCUCGUAGAUUCUACACGACCGACUACCAGAAGCAAGAGCAAGGGUCCCUUCAUCACAUGGACUCGCUGCCACUCGAUGAGGUACGAGAAGACGCAAGCAACCAACUUGCGCACCUGUACCAGACUCUGGCGACGUGUAAAGACCGCGACCAAGCAGUCUGGCGCAUCCGGUAUUUCGAGUCCUGGGCAAACUCCUUUGAUGGUGGAGAUAAUGCCCGGGAAUGCAGUGUUGAACAAGACGUUGGAUUCUAUCCGCAUCACCCUUGCUUGCCCUUGGAGGCUACGAAUGAUAGUCAAGUUCUAUCCCACGCACCACGGUACAUCGCCAGGACACUAGUAUCGUACUAUGAGCAAAAUGGCAGCCUCCUCAAGGCAUCUCCACGGCUUCCUUGCUCCAACGAAGAGACAUAUCCCAUCAUCAUCGAAACGAAUCAGGGCACAUACGGUGUUCCUUCUUCACCUUGGUUCGCCCCUCCGUCUACAAGCAAAGUGCCCUCCUUGGUCACAGCUAGCUUGCAUAGGGAGCUCAAAUCUGCGAGUAUCGGCAACAUCCGUGCGUACCUCGAAGAUUUCUUCCCCGUCGUGGAAGCUAUCCUCUCGCGAGCACAAGAGAAUGCUGCUGAUGGAUAUGUAGUUGGAAACGCUAAUAUGUCUGAGAAGAAGACUGAGGAGUCAACUAUCGGAGAACAGCAUGUAGACUAUGGCAUUGGCCAUGUGCGACAUUCGCAUACAGCGAGUCGUAGGAAGAGCUCUGCUGUUGAUCCGGCCAUUAUUGCAGGAGAGAUAUUCGAUGAGCGUUAUGAGACCACACAGCGAGGUCUGAAGUCACGACAUGCCCAAAUGAUUGCUUUGGGCGGCACGAUAGGAACUGGUCUCUUUGUUGGUUCAGGCCAAACCCUCGCUCGCGGCGGCCCAGCCUUUAUCCUAUCCACAUAUAUCGCCAUGUCCUUCUUGAUCUUCUGUACCGUUGCAGGUAUCAUCGAAGUCGCCGCCUAUCUUCCAACUCCCGGGUCUUCUAUGAACCUCUUCGGAUACCGCUAUGUCUCCCGCUCGAUGGGCUUUGGACUAGGCUGGCUAUACUUUUACUCUCUCGGCAUUCUUGUACCCUACGAGAUCACGGCAGCUGGAUUAGUUAUUGAGUAUUGGAACCCACCCGUGAACAUCGCAGUGUGGAUUACGAUCAUGAUCAUCGUCAUCGUGGGGCUGAACUGCUUUCCAGUCAAGUUCUACGGCGAAACGGAGUUCUGGUUCGCUGGAACAAAGGUCGUCAUGAUUGUAGGACUGCUUAUCCUAUCCUUCAUCUUGUUCUGGGGCGGUGGACCACAGCACGAUCGUCUCGGCUUCAGGUACUGGAAGAACCCUGGCGCGGCAAAUACGUAUCUAGAAGAGGGUAAUGCUGGGCGUCUGGUGGCACUGCUAUCUACUAUGGUGCUUUCUGCUUUUCCAUUCACGUUUGCCCCGGAGCUUCUUGUAGCAACAGGUGGCGAAAUGCAGUCACCACGUCGGAACCUGCCUACUGCGGCACGCCGAUACAUCUACCGUCUUGUGAUCUUCUACGUCGGCAGCGUACUUGCCAUCGGUGUCAUCUGCCCCUCGAACGACUCCAUCAUUACCUCUGGUGGUUCUGGUGCCGGAUCGUCUCCCUUUGUCGCAGGAAUUAAGAACGCAGGAAUUCCCGUACUCGACAGCAUCAUCAACGCCGGUAUCAUCAUCAGUGCCUGGUCAUCAGGAAACUCCUUCCUGUUCCUCUCGUCGCGCUCCCUAUACGCGCUCGCACUUUCUGGCAAUGCGCCUUCCAUUUUCAAAUCAUGCACCAAGUCUGGUGUGCCGUACUGGGCUGUUACAGCCUCUUCGCUAUUCUGCGCUCUGGCCUACCUGAAUGUAGGCAGCGAGAGCGCCGUCGUCUUUAAUUGGUUCGUCAACCUGACAAACACGUCUGGCUUCAUCUCCUGGAUCUGCUGCGGCAUCAUCUUUUUGCGUUUCCGGAAAGCCUGCGAAGCGCAAAAUAUUACCGAUCUGCCAUAUCGCUCACCAGUAAACAAGUGGGGUGCUUGGUGCGUCAUCAUCAGCUUCACCUUUCUCUGUUUGAUCAAUGGGUUUGAUGUCUUUUGGCCCGAGAAAUGGGAUGUUAGCUCCUUCUUCACUGCAUACGUUGGUAUUCCCAUGUUCUUCUUGUUCUAUGGAGGACACCGAAUCUGGGCCUGGAGCGAUACCUGGGCUUACGCUCCUGAGGAGGUGGAUAUGAAGACGGGUUUGGAUCAGGUGCUCGCUGAAGAGGUGCCGGCAAGAACGGUGAAAGGACCAUGGUGGAAGAAGAUCACAUUGCUCUGGCAGUAA